ACGGAUCAGAUGCCAUUCCCCUCGCUCAAUCCAAAGCGACAUCGACGAGACACCUCACCCAUGCCGCAAUCUCUCUCCCUCACCGGCUGUCGAGCGGGCCUUUGUGGGAGCUUGUUGCGAGAACUUGUUCCGGGAACUGCUCUCAGGAGAUGCGUUUCAAUCUUAUCUUCUCAACUCCGGAUCAUUCUUCCUCCUCGCAUAUCGCUCGCUCGUCGUCACUCAGUUCAUCCAUCCAUUUCCCGCCGCGCGAAGUCAAUUUUUGAGGCGCCUCAAAAAUAGACUCCUCCCGCAUGGAUUUUUUUAGGCGCCUCAAAAAUAGACUUCAUCCAUCCAUUUCCCGGCGCGCGAAGUCAACCUCAGGCUAGAAAUCCAUCCGUCAGUCCGACAUCGGCCCCGAUUCGAGAUUACGUUGCAGUAGUCCACGCGCCGUGUUCUUAUUGGCGGAACGCUCAGCUCUGCCAGAGAUCUAGCCAAUAGUCAGUCCGCUCUCAAGAUCUCUUUUCUCUCAAGAUCUAUUUCUUCUCAUAAUCUCUUUAGCCCGCAGUCCGGAUUGUUCAAGAAGGGGGAUUUGUUCACCGGAUCGCGCUGCAAUCACUAUGUACCCUAAGCUGCUCAACGAGCUUGCAUCGGCGCUCAACCUGGCGGCGGCCCCUCAGGGCGCCACCAUCGGCCCGACAGGACCCCCUCACCUGCAGACGUGGGAUUUUCAGGUCAGCUUCGGCUCGAAAACUUUCCGUGGGCUGCCCGAGUACUGGCAGAGGAUUUCUCGGGAGGAUUCGGGCAACGGCCCGGCGGAUCUGCUAGGGUUGAGGAAGAAAGACGCUGAGUUACUAGCCUACCGGGCAGCGUUUCGGAAUGCUAUUUUAGGAAACGUUUCCUGUCCUGGCGCGGAUCCCCCUGCUGAUGCCGCCCGCGUGGCGGAUCUGGCGAAAGAAAUCGCGAAGGCGAAUGCGAAGAUUCUGUUACAGAUCGACUGUAGCCGGAUGCUGGGAGAUCUGCCGCGUUAUUUUACUGUCAGGCAGGGCCCGUCGCACAAUCCUUCCUUUACAACUACCGUCGAGCUGCCCUUAAACUGGGGCAGAUUCACGGGCAGCCCGUGCCUGACCAAAACCCUGGCGGAAACGAGCGCGGCGUUUGAGGCGUGGUGGGGGGUUUUCUUGGUGGGGCUGUACGUGCGAGGGGGGGAGAGUGGAGUGCUCGUGGAGGUUUCAGCGGCAGUGGGAGAGCCCGAGAAUUCAGCUGGCGAAGGUGUUGGGGAGGUGGUGAAUGCAGCCGCAGAGGAGGAGGCAGCAGCAGCAGUUGCGGCAGCAGGAGCAGCGGCGGCAGCAGCAGCAGCAGCGGCAGCAGCAGCAGCAGCGGCAGCAGGAGCAGCAGCGGCAGCAGGAGCAGAAGAGGUGGGUGCAGCAGCCUUGGAAGAGGAGGUGGUUCCAGCAACAAUGGUGGCGGCUGCAGCACCAGCAGCGGCAGCAGAAGAGGCGGCAUCAGUAGCAGCAGCAGCUGCGGCGGAAGAGGAAGCAGCAGCAGCUGCUGCUGCGGCAGCGGCAGCAACAGCAGCAGCAGUAGCAGCAACAGCAGCAGCAGAGAAGGAAGCGGCAGCAGCAGCAGCAUCAACAGAGGGGAUGGGAGCAGCAGCAGGUGCGGGGGAGGCAGCAGCAGCAGCAGCAGCGGUGGCGGCGGCAGAGGAGGUGGCUGCAACAGGAGCAGGAGCAGAGGUAGGGGAAGCGCCGGCAGCAGCAGGAGCUCGAGCAGAGGAGGUGGUGCAGGAAGGUGCAGCAGCAGGGGCCAGGGGGCUGAUGGUAGCGAAGGAAGAAUAUGUGGAAGAGACUUCCAGGCAGCAAGACAUGGUUGCUGCUGCUCACCCCAAUGGUGCUGCGACUGGUGCGGCUGGUGGUGCUGCUGGUGCAACUGGUGCUGCUGGUGCUGCUGGUGGUGCUGGCGAUGCUGGCGUUGGUGCUCUUGUCCCGGCGGCAGAGUCUCCUGGUGGUGAUGUUACAGAGGCGAGGGUUGUCAGGAAGGGAGGGAAGCGCUCCUUCUCGGCUCUUCAAGGGUGCCGCAGGAGUGAGCGGGCCAGGUCCAGGAUGAAUUCUCCCGACCCGGCAGGGGAUGGUGCGGGGCACCUGUCAAAGGAGACGUGAUUUGGCAGGCGUUACAGCAUGCGGCUGGUAAGAGGCGAGGGAAGAGCGAAGCGCAUCUGACACAUGAGAUUUGAUGGGGGGGAUGCGCAGCUGUGGAAGAGAGCUUUGCGGUUGCGGCGUCGUGGUUUUUGGGAGUUCUAAAAAAUCACCUACAACAUAAUUGGCCUGUCAAAGUCAAACCAGAAGGAAUCAUUCCGACUUGGCAGGGGAUGGUGUUUGUGGAGGGAUGCACCCACAAGGCGAUGUGAUAGGGAUGGUGUGGUGUGCAGGUAUGGCAGAUAGUUCUGAGGGCGCCUGGGCUGGUGAAGAAAGACGGUACAGGUGUUUGUCCGGGAGUUAACUGCAACGAUGCUUUUGUACCAUGUGAAUAUAGUUGUGUAUGUACAUCUGGUAUGGCUUUUUAGCUAGUUUUGUCUCAUA